AGCUCCCGGCGUUCGUUUGACAAGAUGGCGGCGGAGGGGAGACGGGGGCCUCUGCGCGGCCUCCGGGCGCUUCCCGGCUCCUGAGGGGGCGCGGUUCGGUGUGGCGGGCCGGCGGGGGCCCGGACAUGGGCUCGCCACCGCCGGCCCCGCGGCUCUUGGGGCUCCUCCUGCUGCUGGGCGUCCCGAGGCCGCUGCGGGGGCACACGGGCUUCCUCCCCGCCUCCAUCCGCGCGUCCGGCCCGCUGGCCAGCGCGGCCCUGCUCGGAGCCCCCGAGGACGCGGCCGUGUCCCUGUCGCUGCUGCAGGACCAGGCGGGAUCCCUGCCGGUUCCCACGUGUGGCGAGCGGAACAACGACACGGGAGACUGGAGUCUGACGGUGACCCCCAACGUGGUAAGGCCGGAGAACGCGUGGGACGUGACGGUGAGGCUGAAGAGGGCCCCGCCAGCCUGUUCCUCUCACCGGACCGGCCCCUUCCCGGAGGCCCCGUGCAUCGUCCAAACCCUCCUGGUGUCGGCAUCGCACAACGCCACCUGCUUCGCGCAGCUGCUCAUCCAAGUGGAAAUCUACGCCAACUCCUCUCUGGCCCAGAGUGCGCCAGAGAACGUGACUGCCAUCCCCGACCAGGUGCACCAGCCGCUGGGCCCGUGCCCCUGCAACCUCACGGCCGGCGCCUGCGACGUGCGCUGCUGCUGCGACCAGGAAUGCUCCCCAGAUGCCACCCAGCUCUUUCGGGGGGCCUGUUUCGCCGGCGUGUUUGGAGGGGACGUCAGCCCACCUUUCGACCAGCUCUGCUCCGUGCAGAGGGCGCCCGGGGCCCCCGGCUGGUUCCCGUUCCUGUGCGUGCAGUCCUCGCCCACCAACUCGCCCUUCCUGGGCUACUUCCACCGCGGGGCCGUGUCCUCGGGGCAGCCCACCACCUUUGCCCCAUACCUGCACGCUGAUCCGAAGGACAUGUCGGACUUGGGGUACAAACAGGGAGACCCCGUGAUGACUGCCGCUCAGGCCUAUCUCACUGUCCCUCAGGUGACCCUGGCCGGGCAGUGUGUGCGGGACGCCCCGGUGGGAUUCCUGCAGAACUUCGACGUUCGCUGCGUUACUGACCUGGACGCCUACCAGGAACCAGGCAGCGCCCCGGACGCCGGGAUAAAGGCGGGCACCGUGGGAGGCGUCGUCAUCCCACACGUGACCUACGAGGAGGCAGCUGACCCGGGCCAGGUCGUCACGGGCACAGAAACUCUGCUACCUCCCGGAUCGGCCCCCAGGAACGUGACUGUGGAGGGACACUAUCUCUUCCGAUGGAACAAUCGCACCAUCAGCGAAGUACACGUCAGGAUUGUCAGGGCGAGGCUCCACGCCCACCAGACAGGAACCCUGACGCAGCGGUUUACAGUGAGGUUUUUAAGCCAUAACAGCGGCCCCGGGGAGGAGAGGUCUGGGAACCCAGGUUACCAGCUGGGCAGGCCUGUGCGCGCCCUCCGUGCCGGCAGGAGUGACCCCGCGGCAGCCCUGAGCCUCUGGCAGCCAGCCGGGAGGGGUCUGUGCGCAUCGGCGCCCCUCAGACCCGUCUUAUUUGGAGAAAACGUGCUCUCGGGGUGCCUCUUGGAGGUGGGCAUCGACGAGAACUGCACUCGGCUCCGGGACAAGGCGGCGGGAAUCCUCGAUUCAUUAAUACAAGCGACUCACGUGGCAGCGAGAGGCAACUCGGGUUACGGGGACCGCAGCGACGGCUGGCUGGAGAUUGUCACGGCCCGGGACACAGGCGCAGGCCCCGCUGGUGGCCGCGGGAAUGGCGUCUGCGAGGAGGUCCCUGCCCGGCUGCACGUCCGCAUCCUCACCUGGGAGGCUGGUGCGGUGGAGGGGGUCCCCCAGCAGGAGAUCCUGGGCGUCGAGAAGAGGGUCUCCUCGGUGACUUGGCGGCCCCAGUGCGGGCUGACCUGUGAGCAGGCCGGCCUCUUCGCCCUCAGCGCCUCCGUGCAGUUCAUUCAGGUCCCUGCCCGGCGACCCCGGCCUCUGACCAGGUUCCAGGUGAACUCCACAGAGUACAACUGUGACAGGAACGACGUGUGCUGGCCGCAGCUCCUGUACCCCUGGACCCGGCACUACCGAGGGGAGCCCUAUGCCCGGUGCGUGGCCAAGGGCCUGCUGCUGGCCGCCUUCUCCGUGGUGGCCGUGCUCCUCAGCGACCCCUGGACCAGGGCACGCAGAGCCUGACCCGCCACCGCCCUCAGACCACGGCGUCCCCGGAUCGGCUCCGCGUCGUUCUGAGGCGGAGGGUUUUGUUCUGCGGGAAACGCUGGCCAAGUGCCCGCUGGGUUCCAUUCCCCGCGGGCUCUCCAGACCGGUGCUCACUGCGCUGCCGGACCAGACGGAGCAACGUGCACGGGCUCCGGGCCUGCCUCCGGCUACCGGAAGCGUUAGUUUAUCCCACUUGACUCAGGUCCUAGGAGCUUCGGUCCAAAUAUGUUACUUAUACCUUAGAGAAUUAUUCCUUCAACUUUUUAUAUACAGAGUCCCCAAAAAUGUGCACACACUUUAACAGCUGACUGCUCAAUUCUGAAAAUGAAAUGUACUUUAAUAAACACCGCCUUUAUAAUUAUCCAA